GUACCUGGCCCUCCGUUUCACUUUUUUCCCUCCUUGCACACUUCAAGUCACCAUGCCCUCCAAGGCAAGGUCAUUGGCUGAGCUCACCAGGAUUCACUGGUUUCCAGUGGGAUGUGACUUCAUGUUCUGGCCCUUCGCAUGGGGCUCCCUGGCAGCGUCAUACCAUGUGGCAUUACCCAUGAAAGAAGUUGCCAUAAAUACUUUGUUCUAUGCAUUGUUGGGCACACUGGUACAUAGUGCAGGCUGUGUCAUAAAUGAUAUGCUUGAUCGCGACUUCGAUCGCAAAGUUGAACGUUCGAAAGGCCGACCGAUCGCGUCGGGAGCUGUCACUAUGACAGAGGCCUCGAUUCUUCUGUUCGUGCUCGUUGCUGCCAUCUUUUACAUGUUUUCGACCGCUGGCACUACGGCUUUCACACUGGGUCUUGUUGGACUCCCUGCUUGUGGCGGGACAUACCCACUGAUGAAGCGUUGGAUGUAUUGGCCGUCUUUGUACCUCGGUUUUGCUGCUAGCUGGGCCGUCCCAUACACGUGGGUGGCAAUUACGGGUGAGUUCGAUUGGGGCAUGAUCCUGAACGUCGCAGUUGCGUCGUGCUGCUGGACGUGUCUUUACGACACUAUCUACGCGUGCCAGGACAAGAAAGACGACGAGAAGGCCGGAGUCAAGUCCAUGGCGGUCCGUCUGGGCGAUGGCAUUCGUUUGGCAUUGAGCGUAUUUGAUGUGAUAUUCUUUGCGUGUCUUCUGUGGGCUGGGUACUUGAAUGACCAGCACCUCCCGUUCUACGUGAUGAGCGUCUUUGCGCCCUUCUUCCUCUGUCUCUGGCACAUAUGGUCAUUUGAUCACAACGAUCCUAAAGAUAGCUGGGAGAAAUUUACAGCAGGCCGCCAUGGUGCAGCGUUGGUUUGUGCAGGAUUGGUCGUUGAUCAUUACUUCAAUCUUGCGUCUCUAGCCAUCUGAGCAUGCACUUCGUCUUGGGCUGGAUUCAUGGUGGCGCCGUCAACAAUCACAUUGAUGCGCACACUCCAGUGACCUUGAGCUUGGGUGUUUUCUGUUGGGGUGUUCCUUAUGUUUUCUCAUCAUUUUUAGACAACUGAUUCGCUGGUGUAAUUAGCAUGAACGAGUACUU